GAUGGGUCCGCGGCGUCCCGAGGCGAGGCGCUGACGUGAGCUUGGCUCACCUGGGCGGGGAAGGUGAGGGCCGGUGUGGGACUGGGAGCGGAGCCUGUAGUCCCUACUUGCGCAGAGCCAGGUGUUGCUUGCCCAACCGGCCGAGGAUAGCAGUGGCGACGGGUGAUCCUGACUGGGGACUUGGUUUGGAGGGACGUUCGCUUCUGGCAGCCGGAUUGAAGAAAGGUGGGGACGCCAACGUCUGGAGCCUCGCUUGAGGGAGGGAGGACACGCCCGCCGGUGAAGAAGCGUCCCCUCCAGAGUUUGUGGGGGCAAGGACUGAGGAAGAGAAGGCUAGAACUUGCCCUGGGGAGAAUAUGCAUUCCCUCCUCCUUAUAAGGCACCCAAUCUGGGCAGGCCUUUGUUUCCCGCUGUGAGUGCUGACCGCUGCCACCGAAUGUUAUCUGCUAUGCUAUGCCCUUUAUGAGAAUCAAUUGCAGACUUUACCCAGGCUGGCUCCUGCAACCAAUCAGUUCAAUUCAGCCUCUGUGGGGAGGUAAACAGACCCAGAACCUUUGGGUGGCCCAGAGAAAGGAAAACUGACUUGAGGCCCAGCUCUCAGAUUCCUGUGGAUACAACUGCCUGCUCACCUAUAUCAUGGCUCUCCACCCCCGCAGAGUUCGGCUGAAGCCCUGGUUGGUGGCCCAAGUGGAUAGUGGCCUGUACCCUGGGCUCAUCUGGCUACAUAGGGACUCCAAACGCUUCCAGAUUCCCUGGAAACAUGCCACCCGGCAUAGCCCCCAACAGGAGGAGGAAAAUACCAUUUUCAAGGCCUGGGCUGUGGAGACAGGGAAGUACCAGGAAGGGGUGGACGACCCCGACCCAGCUAAAUGGAAGGCCCAGCUCCGCUGUGCGCUCAACAAGAGCAGGGAAUUCAACCUGAUGUACGACGGCACCAAGGAGGUGCCCAUGAACCCAGUGAAGAUAUAUCAAGUGUGUGACAUCCCCCAGCCCCAGGGCUCAAUCAUUAACCCAGGAUCCACUGGAUCUGCUCCUUGGGAUGAGAAAGAUAAUGAUGCGGAUGAAGAAGAUGAGGAAGAUGAGCUGGACCAGUCACAGCACCACGUUCCCAUCCAGGACACCUUCCCCUUCCUGAACAUCAAUGGUUCUCCCAUAGCACCAGCCAGUGUGGGUAACUGCAGUGUGGGUAACUGCAGCCCCGAAGCAGUGUGGCCCAAAACGGAACCUCUGGAGAUGGAAGUACCCCAGGCACCUAUACAGCCUUUCUAUAGCUCUCCAGAGCUGUGGAUCAGCUCUCUCCCAAUGACUGACCUGGACAUCAAAUUUCAGUACCGUGGGAAGGAGUAUGCGCAGACCAUGACGGUGAGCAACCCCCAGGGCUGCCGGCUCUUCUAUGGAGACCUGGGUCCCAUGCCUGACCAGGAGGAGCUCUUUGGUCCCGUCAGCCUGGAGCAGGUCAAGUUCCCAGGUCCGGAGCACAUCACCAAUGAGAAGCAGAAGCUGUUCACCAGCAAGCUGCUAGACGUCAUGGACAGAGGACUGAUCCUGGAGGUCAGCGGUCAUGCCAUCUAUGCCAUCAGGCUGUGCCAGUGCAAGGUGUACUGGUCUGGGCCAUGUGCCCCAUCGCUUGUUGCCCCCAACCUGAUCGAGAGACAAAAGAAGGUCAAACUGUUUUGUCUGGAAACGUUCCUUAGUGAUCUCAUUGCCCACCAGAAAGGACAGAUAGAGAAACAGCCACCAUUUGAGAUCUACUUAUGCUUUGGGGAAGAAUGGCCAGAUGGGAAACCUCAGGAAAGGAAACUCAUCUUGGUUCAGGUCAUUCCGGUGGUGGCUCGGAUGAUCUAUGAGAUGUUUUCUGGUGAUUUCACACGAUCCUUUGACAGUGGCAGUGUCCGCCUGCAGAUCUCAACUCCAGACAUCAAGGAUAACAUUGUUGCUCAGCUGAAGCAGCUGUACCGCAUCCUUCAAACCCAGGAAAGCUGGCAGCCCAUGCAGCCCACCCCCAGCAUGCAACUAUCCCCUGCCCUGCCAGCCCAGUAAUCAUGAAUGCCAUCUUCCUUCUCUUUUUUACAGUAUUGUACAUAUGGAUAUUUUUUAUUAGUCAGAUUUAACCAGCUUUUAAACCUGUCUUCUUUCUAACAAUAUUAGUACUCUCUGACUCUCCAAAUAUGCCUAGCUUUUAAAGUUGAUUUAAUUUAUGGAAAAAUCACCCUUCAUACUUUCCCUUUCUUUUUUAAACCUCCCCAUGGUAGUGUAAUGUAGUAGAAGGAGAUUUGGCCUGGGAGUUUGGACACCAGGGUUCUAGCUGCAGCUUUGCUUCCAGUGGUGUGACCUUGAACCAAGUCAUUUAGCCUCUGGGCUUCAGAUUCAUUACUGCAAAAUGAAGGAGUUGGAAUGAUGCCUGAAAUAAUGCCAGCUUUAAAACUCUGACUCAGUGACUUCAUUCUACUUGUACAAGGCCAAACUGCCUGGAACAGAACAUUUCUGCCUCGUUCUUGCACCACAUUUUUUUUUUUUUUUUUUUUUUUUUCUUUCAUUAAAGUUCCCUCAAGCACUGA